UUCAGAGCAGCCGCGCGAGCGCUCCCCAGCCCCUGCGACCAUCGUGAUCCUGCCCGGCGACAAUAUGAACGCCUUGCUUGUGUUCCUUAUCGCUGCUCUGGCCAUACUGACGCCGUCGGCGGCACAACCAUAUCAGUUUCCUUCCGGGCGUAUUGGGGGGUCUAAUGCCGCAGCCACACCCAGCGCCACAGGGGGAACCGGUGGAAACGUCGGCUAUGGUGGGACCAACGUCGUAGGGUACGCAAGACCUUCGACCACCUACAACAGCAACCCUGGCUACGUGAAUCAAGGCUACCAGUCACAGACAUACGGCGGGAACACGGCCUAUGGUAACCAAGGAAAGUUGUACCAGAGCAAUUACGGCGGUAACCCUACAUACAGUAACCAAGGUGACAACAAUUACCAGAGUUACAAUGAUCCAACAUACACAGGGUAUAACAACGCCGGAUAUGGUGGCACCCCGGGGUAUAAUAACAAUGCCGGGUACGGUGGUACCGUGGGGUAUGGUAAUAACGCAGGGUAUAACAACGCGGGGUACGGCAGUUACGCAGGGUAUGGCAACCAAUACUACCAAUCUCAGCCGUAUAACAGUGGCGUGAAUUACCAAACCAGCGGCGGGUAUAAUGGGUAUGGGCAGAACUACAACUAUGGAACACAGGCCAGCAAUCCAUCGUACUAUGGGACAAACUCUGGAUACUCUAACCAAGGUUACUACGGCAACUCUGGAUAUCCCAGCUAUCAAAACAACUAUUAUCAGGGUUAGGAGACGCUAGAUAUAAAGGUUUGACCCUUAUUUUGUUGGUUGUUUUUUGUCCUGAGUGGAAAUGACUUCUCUGUGCGGGUGUUGCUGUGAACAGAAAGACCAACAAGUUCUAAGUCUGUGGGGCUAAAGACUUCAAAUUCGACAGCGCAGAAAUGGAGCCUUUUGGAGGAAACGCUAUCAUCACGUGACCAGUGAUUACCACUAACCGUGACUUAACUUGCGUCACUUUUCCUAUCUGCUUUAUCUUCUACAUUCAUAAAAAUUCAUUUCAUAAAUGCAUUCUUCAGUCUGUGUAUAUGAUACUAAAUGUGUUUGCUCUGCCAUUGAUAUGGCCUCUUGAUUUUCUUUUUGAUUGCACAUGUAUUAAACAUUGCUUUAACAUAGCUAACAGUUACAUGUUUAAGGAGAGAUUUGUUUUUCAUGUACAUUAGAAUUAACACCGAUUAUUCAGUUUUUAUUUAUGAGUGGUUAUUGUAAACGGCUUGUUACAGUUUUAAUAAAAUUAUUUAUAU